AUCCCCACCACUUUAUAUAUUCUUUGCUUCAGCCUCGAGAAACUGAAACCCAAAAAAAUGGCGCGAAAUUCUUGCCACCUCCCGGCAUGUUUCCCCGCCGCCGCCCUUUUCCUCCUCCUCCUCCUCCUCGCCGGAGACCACCUCCGCCUCUCCGCCGCCGGCCACGACUACCACGACGCCCUCCGCAAGAGCAUCCUAUUCUUCGAAGGCCAGCGCUCCGGCAGACUCCCGACCGACCAGCGCGUGCGGUGGCGCAAAAACUCCGCCCUGCACGACGGCGCCUCCGCCGGGGUUGACCUGACGGGAGGAUACUACGACGCCGGCGACAACAUCAAGUUCGGUUUCCCGAUGGCGUUCACCACCACCUUGCUGUCGUGGAGCGUGAUCGACUUCGGCAGGAACAUGGGCGGCGGCGAGCUGGGAAAUGCCGUAAGGGCGGUGAAAUGGGGGACCGACUACCUGCUCAAAGCCACCGCGCACGACGGCGUAGUAUACGUGCAGGUCGGCGAUCCAUUGUCCGACCACAACUGCUGGGAAAGACCCGAAGAUAUGGACACUCUGAGAACGGCAUACAGAAUCGACGCCAACCACCCUGGCUCCGACGUCGCCGGAGAAACCGCCGCCGCUCUCGCCGCCGCCUCCAUUGUUUUCCGGUCACGCAACCCGGCCUACUCUAGGCUGCUUCUCGACCGUGCAAUCAAGGUGUUCGAGUUCGCCGACAGGCACCGAGGCGCCUACAGUUCGAGCCUAAACUACGCCGUUUGCCCUUUUUACUGUGAUGUCAAUGGUUACCAGGAUGAAUUGUUGUGGGGCGCGGCGUGGUUGCACAAGGCAACUCGGAGGAGGGAAUAUAGAGAGUACAUAGUGAGAAACGAGGUCGUUUUAAGAGCCGGUGAUAGUAUCAACGAGUUCGGUUGGGAUAACAAACACGCCGGGAUUAAUGUUCUCCUUUCCAAGGAGGUUCUAAUGGGUAGAGCCAAUGAUUUGAAACAAUUCCAGAUAAAUGCAGAUGCAUUUAUCUGUUCAUUGUUGCCUGGAAUUUCUCACACUCAGGUUCAAUAUUCCCCAGGGGGACUGAUAUUCAAGGCUGGAGGAAGUAACAUGCAGCAUGUAACAUCACUAUCAUUUCUGCUGUUGGCUUAUUCUAAUUAUCUAAGUCACGCCAAUCACGCCGUGACAUGUGGCGAUACCUCUGCCUCCCCUGCUCUCCUCAAACGAUUGGCCAGGCGUCAGGUGGACUACAUUCUUGGAGAUAAUCCAUUGAGAAUUUCCUACAUGGUGGGCUAUGGGCCACACUAUCCACAAAGGAUCCACCACAGAGCCAGCUCAUUACCAUCCGUAGAUGCCCACCCGGCACGUAUUGCAUGCAAGGCGGGGUCUCGUUACUAUAUGAGUCCAAACCCGAACCCGAAUAUAUUAGUUGGAGCAGUUGUGGGCGGCCCGAAUAGCUCCGAUGCUUUCCCGGACUCUAGGCCUUACUUUCAGGAGUCCGAGCCCACGACGUAUAUUAAUGCCCCGUUAGUGGGCCUCCUCGCCUACUUUUCGGCCCAUCCUUGAGAGAUGUUUCGAAAGGUUGAGAAUUAAGUAGAGAGUGGUUGGCAAAGGUCACCCUCUUUUGCUUUAGUAGUAAGUAAUAGUAAGUAAUUGGUAUGAAUGAAUGUUAUUCUAAAUUUCAGUUGUUUUGAGUUCAAUUAAUGACAAGAGUUGUUGUAUCCAACUCAAAGUCAAAUGUACUUGCUAAGCUUUAUGUUUAGUUUCCCCAAGGGAAAUCAAGAGAAGAAUUUUUAUUAUGUUUGUUAGUUUGGCGUUCUAUUA